AUGAGAGAGUGUUUCAAUGCUUUCCCCAGCCAGGUGCUGCCUAUAUUUGACAAUGCCCUGCACAGAGUGGCCCAGACCAUAUCUCAGGCGUCUUCCUCACCGCAGGAGCGUUUCAAACUCAAACACAAUCUGCAUGUUCGUAUAUCAGGUUUACCUAUGUGUCCCGAGCUGACCAGAGAUCACAUUCCUAAAGCUAGAGAUGUUGGCCACUUCCUGUCCGUCACGGGCACGGUCAUCCGCACCAGUGUCACCAAAGUGCUGGAGUAUGAGAGAGACUACAUGUGCAAUAAAUGCAGGCACGUGUUCUCCGUGCAGGCUUCUUUUGAGCAGUUUUACACCUUCACUCCACCCACCAGCUGCCCCAAUGAGGAUGGAUGUAAUUCUUUCAAAUUCACCUGCCUGUCAGGAAGUGACGCCCCUCCGGGCGCCUGCAAGGACUACCAGGAGAUCAAAAUCCAAGAGCAGGUACAGAAACUGUCGGUUGGCAGUAUCCCUCGAUCCAUGCUCAUCAUCCUGGAGGACGAUCUUGUGGACCGCUGCAAACCAGGCGAUGACAUCACAGUGUAUGGAGUGGUGUGUCAGCGCUGGAAGCCGAUGUUUCUGGAUUGCCGCUGUGAUGUGGAGAUUGUGUUGAAAGCAAACUAUAUCGAGGUCAAUAAUGAGCAAUCCACCACAACACUGGUGCUAGAAGACAUUCAGAAGGAGUUUGAAGAUUUCUGGGACAGUCACAAACAUGACCCCAUUGCUGGCAGGAAUGAGAUCUUGAUGAGUCUUUGCCCUCAGGUGUUCGGCAUGUACAUCGUGAAGCUGGCUGUUGCUAUGGUUUUGGCAGGUGGGGUACAGAGAAUAGAUGCGUCUGGAACCAAGGUGAGAGGAGAGUCUCAUCUGUUGCUCGUGGGCGAUCCAGGCACUGGGAAGUCACAGUUUCUGAAGUACGCGGCUAAGAUUACACCACGCUCUGUGCUCACCGCAGGAAUCGGAUCUACUAAUGCAGGUCUGACAGUGGCGGCUGUCAAGGACUCUGGUGAGUGGCACUUGGAGGCUGGAGCCCUCGUUCUCUCUGAUGGAGGCCUGUGCUGCAUCGAUGAAUUCAACAGCAUCAAAGAGCAUGACCGCACUAGCAUCCAUGAGGCCAUGGAGCAACAAACCAUCAGCGUGGCCAAAGCUGGAAUGGUGUGCAAACUGGACACAAGGACCACCAUCCUGGCAGCUACUAACCCAAAGGGGCAGUAUGACCCUAAUGUGUCAGUUUCUGUGAAUGUGGCCCUCGCCAGCCCCCUGCUGAGCCGCUUUGACCUCGUACUGGUUCUGCUGGAUACUAAAAACCCAGAAUGGGACAAAAUAAUCUCCUCCUUCAUCCUACAGAAUAAAGGAGCGCCGAGUGAGUCUUCAUGUUUAUGGAGUAUGGAGAAGAUGAGGGCCUAUUUUUGCCUGAUUAAGACUCUUAAGCCUUGUAUGACACAGGAAGCAAACACCAUCCUGAGCCGCUACUAUCAGCUGCAGCGACAGAGUGACAGCCGUAACGCCGCCCGGACGACCAUCCGCAUGCUGGAGAGUCUCAGCCGUCUCUCUGAGGCUCAUGCCAGGCUGAUGUUCAGAGAGAUGGUGACAGUAGAGGACGCAGUUGUUGUCGUGUCCGUUAUGGAGUGCUCCAUGCAGGGAGGCGCCCUACUUGGAAAUGUGAAUGCUCUGCACACCUCUUUUCCUGAUGACCCCUAUGAACAGUAUACAACACAGUGUGAGAUUGUGCUUGAGAGGCUGGGAUUGACUGAUAUCCUACGCAAAGAACUGCAAAGACUUUCAAGACUUAUUUCAGAGGAAUUCUUGGCCAAUCAAGGGUUAAGACACUUCACCCGUGUGACAACUAGCCCCAGUAUUUUCUUUCUAUACAGUAGUCUAAUAGCGAGUGUGGCCGUGGCUGUGAGUUUGGUGGGAGGAGUCAGUGUCGCUCGCUCGGACUGUGAUUGCGUUUCUCCGCGGAUCUCUGGAGGAGCUGCAGGCAGUGAGAUCACAUCCUCGCGAUGCAGCUGCCAGUGA